CGAAAAGUGAUGUGGUUGUGCGCUUCUGGACGGCGUAUUAAAAAAUGCUACGGUGAAUUGACAGGGAAGAGUUCUCAACAACAUGAUGCUGUUCAAAAAAAUGUUAAGCUCGACUUAGUAGCGACACUACAGGUCGCCAGAAAGUAUGAUGUACAUAGUGUAUUUAUUAUUCAUUAAAUGUCAGAAGUAGUAGGAAGACUGUGCUGAUCAUUAAUAUCAAGAGUCACAAUGGAUGAAUGGACUUUAAAUGAUUUGCUGGAAUGCUCAGUGUGCUUAGAAAGAUUGGAUACAACAAGCAAAGUGUUACCAUGUCAACACACUUUUUGCAAGAAAUGUUUGGAAGAAAUUCUAAAUCGGCACAAAGAAUUACGAUGUCCAGAAUGUCGUAUAUUAGUGGAUGUUAAGAUUGAAGAUUUACCACCAAAUGUGUUACUCAUGAGAAUUUUAGAAGGCAUGCGAAAUGCAGCACCAAAGAAAAGGAACACUGCUGCCAUUAGGAUGCAGGGAGGAAAUUAUCCUCAAACUCCAAUACACCAGACACCCUCGGUGCAGUACCAGAUGACAUCACAGGCAACUACUAUUACUACCACGGAAAAUAUUACUGUGUCUCAUGCAAUACCCAAACAGCAGUUGCUACCAAAUUUGUCUUACGCAAAAGCUUUAUACGAUUAUCGCUCACAGGAGAAAGGGGAUCUGAAUUUUAAAAAGGGUGAUAUAAUAAUACUACGAAAAAGAAUUGAUAGCAAUUGGUACUUUGGUGAGAAUGGUGGGUGUACCGGUGUUUUCCCAUUAAGUUACGUUCAGGUGAUCACACCUCUGUGUUCAACGCAGCCUCAGUGCAAAGCACUUUACGAUUUUGACGAAGAGGGCUGUUUGUCUUUCAUUAAGGGUGAAAUUAUUACUGUUAUACGCCGUGUUGAUGAGAAUUGGGCUGAGGGAAAACUUGGUGAAAGGAUUGGAAUCUUCCCUUUGGCUUUUGUAGAUCUGAAUCCAGUUGCACGUUCUCUAAUGAAGCUGUCUACAAAUUCACAGCCUGGGCCUUCACGGGUAGCACCACCAACACCGACUUCGGAGGACACUGCGCCACUCAUUCCGACAGACCACACUCGUAGUGUCGGAGCUGUGCCAGUUCCCACUUGCCGUUCACCUGCUGCCGCUGCAACUGGGCCGCCGCCUCAUGUUCACACCCGCAGUCGAGCUGCAGUAGCAUCUGAUUCGAGCUCCACACAGUCUUCGCCGUCAUCUGCCACUACUCCCAAUACUUCAUCGGGAAACACGUCGUCGGGUUCAGGAUCUGGAACAGAACCCUCAUCACCAGCAUCUCCACCUCUGGCACGACCUCCACCUGAUCCAACGUUGCCUUCACCACCACAAGCAUUAGGAUCUGGUACAGCUGCACCACCACCUAGACCGACGCCAUCUGUGCAGCAGCGAGAUAAAAGGCAUAGCUUUAGCGCUGUUCAUACAGGACACCAUCAUCAAACAUCCCAUAGGUUAUCUGCCGAAAUUCUCAGCCCAUCAGAAACAUCCUGUCAGGAGCCCUCAUCCUCAGACCAGACAUUGCAGGUACCGCCACACAGCACCAGCACUAGUAGUAACAGCACUGUUGGCGAUGGCAUAGGUGUACAGAGGCAGGGCAGCCAGAGACACCGCCGCUCAGGCAGCAGCGACCUGACAAGUGUACCUCCGCUGCCCCCGCCACAGGGUCUGCACUCCAUGCCAGGAACCUCUGCACACCUGCCUGCAGCGUAUAUUGCACUAUACCCAUAUAAGCCACAAAAAGCGGACGAGUUGGAAUUGCGUAAAGGUGCUAUUUAUAUGGUAACAGAAAGGUGCCAGGAUGGAUGGUUCAAGGGAACAUCAAAUAGAACUCAAAAGUCAGGAGUUUUUCCAGGAAAUUACGUUGCACCUGCUAAUAAAGCACUACCUAGUCUGCACAACCAGCUGCGCUGUGCGGUCCGUGUUGCUUCUGGCACGGGCAGUAGCUCCCCACGAGCAAAUGGAACUCCACCCUUGGAACCUCGGAGUUACACUCGUUCCAGGCAAGGACCUGCCACCCUGCCCUAUAGUCCUAAGCAGCAGUCACAUGGACCUGCACUAGAUUUAUUGACUGGCACAAAUAGUGCUCUCCACCCGCCUGAGCUGCCGCCACGAUCGACAAGCCCAGGGCAUCGUGCGAGCAGCUCGAGUGUGGUCGCUUCGUGGCUGACACCUGCGAGUGCUGCCGACACAACGGCAUCCAGUGCUGGAAGUGGCAACAGUGCUAACUCCAUCAUCUCAUCAGUUACAUCAGCUGCUCACGGUGCUCCCGACGUAACUGCAGUGACGGGCACACCUGUACGCUUUGCUCAUGUUUCAUCAGCAGCAGCCUCGAGAGAUAAGGCAAAAGAGAAAAAAGAGAAAGGUGUUGGUUUAAUGCGUCGUCUGACUAGCAUGAAAAAGUCAAAAUCACCACCUCCAACUACAUAUUCAAUGGAUAACCCUGUGUUUGAAGAUGGUACAGUGGCAGCAAGUCCGUCACAUCCGGUUCACGUCAGGUCGGGAUCCUGCCCCAGCCAGCUUCUCCAAGUUCUGCCCUUAGAUGCUAACAGUGCACACCACCGCCUGUUUGGUUCCGGCUCCCAGAGAAUGAAACACAAAGACCGACCCAAUGUAGUCGUGGCUAACCUAUCGCAUUAUGGAAGGGUGAGUGAUCCUGGAACAUCUAGUGGAGGUGGCAGCAGUGCUGCCCAGCAUCGCAAAUCCAACUCACUUGACGCUGACAGUUGCGAUCUCAGCAGGAAAAAUAAACAGUUAAUGCCACCUGUUAGAGAAAGAUUCCGCUGUAUUGUGCCUUAUCCUCCGAACAGUGAAUUUGAACUGGAGUUACAAGUGGGUGACAUAAUUUAUGUCCACAAGAAGAGAGAUGAUGGAUGGUACAAAGGCACCCAGCAACGUACAGGGCGAACUGGCCUCUUUCCUGCAAGCUUUGUCGAGAGCUUCUGAGAACCCCCUUCGUGCGUGCUAGAGACGUGUGUGUAAAGCAUAUAAGGAAGUGUGUGUAUUCAGACAGUGAAAGAUCUGCUGAAUUUUAUCAGGGCAGUACGACAAUUUGCUUUGCCUUUGAUUGAUUUUACUUACAUGUGCCCAUUCUUCCAUAAGUGUUAUGUUUUUUCUAAUUUUUUUCUUUGUACUUUUUUAUUUAUUCGUCGAAAGCACGCACAGGGGAUGUUACGGUGUGUCAUAUUGUGAGAUUUUCACAGACUCUUAGUUAAAUAGAAGUAAUGACGCACAAUGUUAUUUUUAUAGAUGUGUUCACAUUUGUGUGGUGCGGAAAGUGACUACCUCUGAAUAAGAGACUUGCCUUUUAUGUUUGAAUGUACUCAUUCUAAGGAGACGGAAUGGGUGGCCAGUACUUACCAUCAGGAAGUGAGAUUCCAAGUACUGCUGAUAGAAACACUUAAAAGCAGAAGAAAACUAUUCCUAGCUUUUGGAACUUGUAUGUUUCUUCCUCAGGGAGGAGAGGAUUGGGGGAGGUUGGAAAAAGGAAGAAUUCACUCUAACCCCAAAUUUAGAGGGACCCAUCAGGCUACUUUUGUGCUAAAUGUUAUUCAAACAUUGCUCUAGCAAUGAACAUUUGAUUUCUAGAGGCAUAGUGAAAGAUUAAACUACACAGACCUCUCAAGAGACAGUAAAAGUUGUUCCACAACUUCAAUAUUAUAUAAUAUAGUUACUCAAUCUUUCAUGUUUGGUAACAUGUGUUAUCAAUCAUUUGUACCUUCUGUGAUAAAUUAGUUACGGAUAUCCAUUUCUGCUAGUACUGUACAGAUAACUGGGCAUUAUUUUCACAUUUAUUUUGGCAUAUUUUUCAGACGCCCUUAUAAUUAUAAGAAUGAAAGGAAAGAACUAAUUUUCCCUUGGACUGAACACAUAAUAUAAACCAUUCACUAAUUACAGUCAGUUUAUUUUAUACUUAUAUCUCAUAAUCUGAACUCUCACAUGGCAGGUGACUGACAUGAAACCCAUUUUGGCUAUUUAAAAAAUGAACUGAGUUUCUCAUUGACUCGUCUAAUUAAGUACAUAUUUGAACAGCUGUUAAGCUAUUCUGGAAUAAAGACUUUUACUCUGAGAUUCCAGUAUUAUCUGCCAAAAGAAUUAGUAUGAAGUAAUGUGUUUUGGAAAAAUUCAUCACAACUACAACUUUUUCCAGUGUAUGCUAAUUAUUAACUACUUACCAUAAAAAUCUCAUUCUCUGUAAACAAAGUAAUGUAACAUGGUUUUCACAUAUGAUGAUCUUCUGUAAAUAUUUAUUUCCAAUAAUUAACUCUAAAAUUAUAAACAGUAUUAUUUAAAUGAUCAUGAAGACCUAAUUGUUAUAAGCUUUGCCAAAAUAUUACGAUUGAAAAAAUGUGUGUCCUCCUUUUAUGGCUCCGCAGUCUGUUGUGGACCUUUGUCUCUUCCACAAUUUUCUGUUAGAUGUCCCAUUUUUGCACUAGUGCUACUCAAUUCCUGUGUACUAUUCUCUGAAUGUCCACUUCAACAAUAUCCACAUGUUAUUGGGUUGGCCAUGCCAUUGUCAUCCUCCAAGAUUUCCAGUUUGUGCCACAUGCCCGGCCCAUCUCAGUCUUGCUGAUAUUCUUGUUUGUAUCCAAAGAACAAUUCACAUGACAGAACAGUAAAAUUACAAGAAGACCUUUGCUUACCUUCAGAGGGAAAAAUUCUGAGUGCUGCUGAUAGACAUGCAUAAAAGUAGAAGAGUGUCUCCUGGUCUUCAGAAUUGUUAGCUCCUUCCUCAUGGAAGUAUAGGUAUGAUAUACUGAAGUCUGGAAAGGAGGGGCAGGUAAAAGUUGCAAGGUUGUGUGGGAUACGCCUCUGUGAGGACACACACUUUUGUGUCUCAUCAUCCUUUUAACCUGGGGUUUGAGUGACUUGCUCCUCCUUUAUAACCUUCCCUUACCUCUCUCUCAUUCCCAUCUGAGGAAGGAAAUUAGAGUUCUAGAAGCUAGGACAGGUUUUUACUUUUAUUUAUGUUUAUAGGCAAUACUUGGAACAAUGGUGCAGCCAUUGUGACUUUUGUGAUGGGUGGUUCAUCAUAUAUGGCAGAAAGUUCAUUGUUGUAUGGUCUUCUCCACCUUCUUACCUCACACCAAGGAUGUUUUGUUCUGUGAAGUAUCUUCCUCUCAGAGGUAUGAAACAUGCUAGUAUCAGUUACUGUUAAUGGCAGUUUCUGAAGUGUUUUAUGUAUGAUUAACUUUGUGGUGUGAGACAGGAGCUUUGAAACAAGGAAUUUUGUUACAGCAAAAUAAGCUCUGUUAGCUGCUGCCAGACAAUUAAUUUCCUAUGAAAGUAUCACUGUAGUGUGUUGUGGUCAAUUGCUGUUAUUCAAACUGCUCAGCCUUCUCAAAUUUACAGUUAAAUCUGGCCACUAAUUUCUGCAUCUUUCCAGUGUGUGCCCUUCUACAAGCAACGCAUUCAAUCUUAGACUCAUUGAUAGGCAAACCAUAAGAACUAAUUUUAAUACAGUAAAUGACUCCUUCCUUGCCCUCUGUUGAGGUCCUGUGGGUGUGUAUAUCACUGAUGCCGGCCAAUGUUUACAUUAUUUUGUCUUAGAUGAUUACACCGCACAGCAGGUUAGCCUCUUCUAUCACGUUUUCCAGCAGUACAUUAAAAAGAAGAAACAUAAGUGCCAUCACCCAGGUGUAUGCUGCUGUGGAUAUCCACUGGCUGUAAUGGUAUUCUUUGUAGCCAUACUCUGCUUCUUAAAAUGCUCGGUGUAGUCCACAUCAAUCUCAGAAGCUUCAGAGUUCCCAUUUCCCGCAAUGUGGACCUUCUUUAUAUAGAUCUCUCUCUCUCUCUCUCUCUCUCUCUCUCUCUCUCUCUCUCUCUCUCUUGACAGUUGAGAGAGAGGAGAUGGUCAAACAGAUCAGAAAGAACAUUUUGUAUUUCAAUUUCGGAAGCAUUAUUCAUAAGUAAUUUUCACACUCUAUUUGGUCUACUCCUUUGUUGUGUGCAUAUGACUCCUUUGUUGCACUGUUAUGGCUUUUAGGCUUCUUAUAUCAACAAACUCAUUUUUUGCAAGUGACUGCAUGUCAAUCUUGAGACGAGUAGAUUUUCUAAGUGACCAUUUCUUUUCAGCCACUCUCGUUUCUUUCAUUGAUAAAUUCUUCAUCAGUUCUUCUUUUCUUUUUGUAAUACUGCUUUAAUUUUCUGGUACAGUUCCUUUGUACCAUCCUCUUGUAUGGCUUGUUCUUUACUUUGGUUGCUCUCACACACUGCGUCAAAUGGCCAGUUUUUCUGUGUUUGUUUUCCAUUACUACCACUUAAUUUACUGCCAUUUUUGUUAACAACUCGAUGAUUUCUGGUGCUUCUUCAAUGCCAUUGUGUUUGCCGCUUCCCUGUAGAGUUUCUUGAUUUUUAUUUUUUUAUUUCAGUUAUGUUCUGAGCAGUUGCAUUGUAUUUUGAGGAUUUGUUCUAGUUCCUUUUUAUAGUGAUAUGUAAUUGCUGUGACUCUGAUCAAUACCAAAUAGUGAUCAGGGCUAUUUUGGGGUUCCCUAAGGCUUGUCAUGUAAAGGUUGUGUGAUUUUGUCCCUUGCUUUUUGUCAAUACAUGACCUGUGUUCAUUAUGUUGCCAUCAGGGAGUUCCAUGUUCCCUUGUGUUUUUGUAUGAGAGGGCAGAUCCAGCAGUCAUGUUUCAGGGCACCAUAAAUAUAAAACUUUUUUUAAACUAUGUACUAGUUUUUUUCCUAGUCAAUUGACAUGAAAACAUGCCUUCCACUAUGCAGCACAGUAACUACUUUGAUGAUUAGUUUUCUCAUUUGAUAAGAGUAUGUCAGAAGAAUGAAUACAUGUAAAGCACAGCUUUCAUUACAACAAGCUUAAUAUUUAAUCUGAUCUGGGAAAUAUUUAUAUUAAUUGAAGCUUUUUUUCCCUGGAGAGGAAGAUAUUGCCCAGUAAUGUACCAUUUAAGUAAGAGGAAAAAUAUUGAGUGUAAAAUUAAAACAGUGCUUCAAAAGGGAAAAUGCAGUCAAGGAAACUGUUAACUGACAAGGAGAGACUGUCUGGCCAGUACUUACUUUCAAAAAAUGAAAUUCCAAGUACCACUGAAAGAAACAGAUAAAAUUUGUAGCUUUCAGAAUUUGUAUGUUCCUUUCUCAGAGAGAAAAGAGGGAGAGGUUGAGGAAGGUUAGAAAGGUUAGAAAGGUAGGUCAGGCCACUCAGACUCCAGGUUGAAUGGAACCCACCUUGUGGGGUAUGGUUGUUUCAGAUUAUUUUCAGAAGUUACUUUUCUGGUGAUGUUGUAGCUGGAAUAGUCGCUCAAAGAUAUCCAAAUUUCCUGUCAAUUGUUAAAUUCUAAUGCAACAAUAACUAUUUAGUUUUGUGGUUGCAAGGGAUGAAGAUUUGCUUUUGGUGGAGUAUUGGUGAGCAGCAGUUGAGAUGUUAAAGCAAAAGGUUAUAUGCAUCAUGAAGAGGUGCAUGUUAUGAGAAAGAUCUGAAAAGUGACAUAGAAGACAUACAGUAUUCAUAUAUCAUGAUUACUGUACUAUUAAGAGAGAAAUGAAAGCACUCCUUACAUAGCUACUUGCUAGCGAUUAAAAAAUGUGUGACAAAAUUAACUCUACAAGAGGAUGAUUAUUUUGCUUUCUGCUCCCUUUGGAGCUAUUAUACAAGUGAUUCUAAUUUCUCAUAUUGUUAUAGUAUGGGGGUUGAAAAAUUUUUAAAAGCUGUAAGCUAGGUUUAGGUUUCCGUGUUUUGUCAGCUGUUCCAACACAAGAAGUUGUGAAUCUUCUGAGUGUCUGCUGUUAAUUGAAAAGUUGCUAGAACUUGUUUUUCAAAAAUUUAUUUAUUUGAAUUUGAGUUGUGUUCAUAAAUAACUCGAUGAUUAGAACUUUAAAUGUUAAAACAGUGCCCGAGGACAGAGCAUGUGAAAUUUUGCAAGAUGUCUCUUCUAGAAAAUAUUAAUGUAGCCUAUGUUUUCAUUGGGUUUAUGUAAAUCAUUUAAACUCUGUGUGCUUUGUGUGCUUAUUGUUUGUCACCAGCUACUAUAGCAUGAAUUUUUUAAAUCCCAUUAUGAAAAAUCUUCAUACCUUUCAAAAUGCCAGUCAUGUGUGAUAACUUGAAGACAUCUAUCACCAUUAAAUGGGCUUAUGUCAGAAGUGAGUCAGCUUUGUGGGAGGGAGUAUUUCUAAAAAAAAAGAAAAAAAAGAAAAAGA